GUUAAAGAUAUAAGUAUCAACGUCGAUUUCCUUUUGAUUGUUUGUUCUUUCCUCGAAUAUUGUUCUUUUCCCUGCUGUUGUAUUGCAUUGCCUUAUCUAUUUAACCUGCAUAUCGCCAAAACUACCUAGCACCUACCUGGGUACCAUCCGGAACUUCUGCAUCACCUCAUAGCUACUUCUUACCUUACCCCGCUUAAUACCUUAAGCUUCCAUCUUAGAAACACUUCGACAACUAACAACAAACUCUCAACACAAACCAUACAAUGGCAGCUGGUCCCGAAGUUACGUUGAAGGAUCUAAGUGGAAAUUGGGUUAUGAACAAAACCCUCUCCGACGAUACCGACGCCGUCCUCGCCCUCCAAGGUAUAGGCUGGUGGACGCGCAAAGCCAUCUCCCUCGCCACCGUAACCCUUCACGUCAAACAAUACAUGGACGAAAACCAAAUUCCACACAUCGACAUUGAUCAAACAGCGACCGGUGGUCUCAAAGGCACCUCGGAAUAUCGAGUCCUCGAUUGGUCAGUUGGCACUCACGAAGAUCAUCUGUUUGGGAAAAUCGCCGCGCAAUCUCGUUUUUGUACUCUGGAACAAGCGGCGGAAUUUGAUGAUGAUGCGUUUUUGAGAGACGGAUGGUUGGAGGGGGAGGAGGAAAAUAGUGGACCGGAAGGCCAAAGACAUGUGCAGAGUUAUGCUGUGAAUGAGGAGAAGGGAUGGACGGCAAAUCAGAUCUGGGGAUUUGCAAUUAUUGAUGGAAAGAGAUAUCAUACCCGGAGAGUGGUGGUUAAGAAGGGGAAUGAGGCGUUGAAGAUUAGAUUGGUUUAUAAUUACCAGGGAAAGCCAUAGAUAGGUGGAUAGAAUAGCAAAGAGUGGCUAAGUAAUCGGAUAGCAGAGGAUAGAAAUGUUUAAGGAUUCUAGGAGUUUUCAAUCGCUGCGUCUGUUGCUUGCAUAUAUAUCGACAAAAUCAAAAUUCUCGGGAGACACUCAAAAUGUCUUGAAAAUGACAUUUAUA